UUCACACAGCGAGCCCCUCCCUUUACCCCAUUCAUUCCUUUGCAGUGUUUUAUACUGAAAGGUAUAAGAUGCUAAUUCACACGGCGAUUUGUACACGCGUGAACGGACAGCAGAGCAGAGACUGCGCUCUCAGCCUCUAAUCAGCUUCAUGCGAUUCGGACUUUCCGCUCCAGCAGUUUCUACAGUCGAUGACUGACUGCAGGCCACAACGCAGUAUGAUAACAUCUGUUCACGCUUCCAUAUCUUCAGUGGGUAAAUUGCGAAAGCCAGUUGCUACUAUGCAAUGUGUGUAAGCGACCAGUGGUGGUGCUGUGGCCUGAGGCGGGAUGCUGCUGACAGUCGGUCAGCAUGACUCUGCUGGACUUGUGGCUGUCGCGCUCCAUCCCCAUGUGCCUGCUCCUUCAGAGCCUUGUCCUAAUGGCCUUGUGCUUUCCCUCGGCCAGCAUGUGUCCAAAGGGCUGCAUAUGCCAACGCGAUUCCCACCUCCAUGGCUUCAAUGUUACCUGCAGUCAGUCCCGCCUCAAAGAGAUUCCUCCCAGUCUACCAGUUGACACUGUCUUGCUGAGACUGGACCACAACCAGAUCGGCAGUGUGCCUGAUCUCGCCUUCCAUGGACUUAGGUUUUUGAGGGAGCUAAACCUUUCUUACAAUGCAGUGGAGACUUUAGGGGAAGGUGCCUUCACUGGCAUAGAGGCAACUUUACAGGUGCUGGACCUUUCCCACAAUCGCAUCACUAGCGUACACAAGGAUGCCUUUGCUCGACUGAAGGCCCGGAUUAUUGUGAACGAUAACCCCUGGCACUGUGACUGUGCCCUUCAGCAGGCUAUUGGAGGAAUGGCCCAUAACCAUGAGGCUGCUGCCCGGGUUCUCUGCAGAAGCUCGGAGCUCCACGACCAGGAGGGACAGCCAUUCUUGGCGGUUGACAUAGAUCUCUGUAACUUGGCAAAAAGGACCACAGAUUAUGCUAUGCUCGUAACCAUGUUCGGUUGGUUUGCUAUGGUCAUUUCAUAUGUGGUGUAUUAUGUACGUCAGAACCAGGAGGACGCGCGACGCCAUCUGGAGUACCUCAAGUCUCUCCCCAGUAAGCCGAAAAAAGCAGACGAGACUGAUGACAUAAGCACUGUUGUCUGACAGCAGUGGCCCCGUGACUGUGUUCAGCAGAAACCCGGUGAACACCAAAAUGUUUAUGGAACAGGACCUACAUUUAUAGCAUUUACCAUACCAAACUUUUAUGUAAUAUGAGCAUCAAAAUGUAUUUUGAUUGUCUGUCUUUGAUAGUGUUUUUCUCAUGACUAAGAUGACAGGAGGAAGGCCACACCAACAUUUUGGUUUUUACAGUACAAAGAAAGUCUUGAAAAAUUAGAAUCUCAGGUUUAAAUAUUUAAAUGAUAAUGACUUUUGUAGAGUGGAACAUCUGAAAAAAGCAAAAUUAUUUGUAAGACAUGACACACUGUUUUUCCCAUUUGUCUAUUUAAUUUGCCCUCUAUCUGUUGAUUUAUCUAUCUGUCUAGAUUGCUGACAAUCUUAAAUUGUAGGUUUUUGUAGCUACAAUACACCAAGGUCUUUUCAAAUGUAGGGUUAUAAUUGGGAUAUUGCAUUAAAUGUAGCCAAUAGUGUGGCUUUUUAAUUUUAUUUACAAGUUUAUUAUGAAAAGCUUACUAACCAUUUUUAAAACUACCCCCUUGUGUAGAAAAAGUAAUUGCACAAAUAAUACGUUUUUAUGUCAUAAAAGUAUCUUGUUAUAACAAGCUAUUUUAUUAUGGUUUUAGCGAUGUGCUGCCAUGAUAAACUGCACAGGUCAGGCAUUGAGGCAUUACAUUAAAAGCCUAUAAAGUCAUAUGUGGUACCAUAACAACAUGGCUAAAAAUCAAAUAAUCUAAAAAAAACCAAGGUGUUUAAAAGCUAGAAAGUGCUAUUAAAAUACACCAUAUUGCUAAAAUUACUGGUUCACUUUCACAAGCACAUGAACUUGAGUGACAUCCCAUUAUUAAUCCAUAGAGUUUAAUGUGAUGUCGGCCCACAUGUUGCAGCUAUAACACCUUCAACUCUUCUGGGAAGGCUUUCCACGAGGUUUAGGAGUGUGUUUAUGGGAAUUUUUGAAAGAUUUUUCGAAAAGUGCUUUGGUUAGCCCAUACAGUGAUGCUGGAUUUAUUUCGUCAAAGGUGUUCUGUUGAGUUGAGGUCAGAAUUCUGUGCAGACCACUCAAGUUCUUCCACACCAAAUGCUCUCAUCCAUGUUUUUAGGGAGCUUGCUUUGUGCACUGAUGCACAGACAUGCUGGAAAAUGUAGGGAACAUCCCCAAACUGUUCCCACAAAGUGAGCAAGAAUCUAUCCAAAACAUCUUGUUAUGCAGAAACAUUAAGAGUUUGUUUCACUGGGGCUAAGGAGCAGAGCCCAGCUCCUGAAAAACAAUAGCACACCAUAAUCCCCCCUCCACUAAACUUUACACUUGGCACAAUGCAGUCAGACAAGUACCGUUCUCCUGGUAACCAGUUCAGUUCAGUUCACUUUUACUUAUAUUGCACCAAACCACAAUAACAGUUGCCGCAAUGCGCUUUAUAUUGUAAGGUUAAGACCCUGCAAUAAUAAAAACCACCAAACACUGACUUGUCCAACAUAUAGUCAGACACCAUGCUUAAUACCACUAAAUCUGAUGUUUUGCAUUUGCAAUGUGCUUGUUGAUUUAGGCAUUAUCUGGUUGCAGAUAAUAAUGGGAAGGUCCAUAGGUUUGUUUGGUAAGCUAUCAUAGAAACGUCAAAGUCCAAAAUAAGAUAAUUUGGAAUAUGAAUAUGAUCCAUUUCUGCAAAUAUGUCCAAAGUCUUGAAUUUACUUUUUUUUUCCAAAUGUGUUUGUGUUGGAUCGAAUGUGUUUAUGUCAGUCUAUCCUAUCACUGCAGCAAUUAGAUAUUCCAUGGUGUUUCUGUGUAUGGCAACAUUAAAAUCUUCAUUAUCUUUUAUCAAACAUUUUAAAUCACUUCAGCUUAAAAUGCACAAACUAAGCUCCUGUACAGGAUGGAGCUAUCUGUGGUAUGUCCGUGUGUGUGUGUUUUCACAAAUUGCAAAUUUAUUGAUUAAAGAGUAAAACCACUGAAAACUUCAAAUAUGUAAAUAAUCGAUCUAUGAUGAUGUCAGUAUUUCAUUUAAAUAUUUUGAAUAUUUAAAGUGGAAUGCUGUUAAUCUGCUUCAUCUAGGUCUGAUUAGAUUUGAGUGACAACAACCCAGCAAACGUCAUUAGGUUCUUACACUGUUAAAUCACGACUGACAUUUUUCUUAGCUUGAAACCUUUUAAGUAAGUGGUUGUUUGAAAUAAAUGCAUUUUCAGGGGCUUUGAAAGCUGCAGUGUGGUUGUAUCCAGCCAUUUAUUGAACUUCCCAAAGUUGAAAAUUGACCAUCACAUCCACAUCACGCUAUGCUUGGCAACAUAUGUAUGUUUGAAUGUCUUGCUACAGAGGCUGUCUGAAAAUGUAAAAACGCUGUCUCACUCAGCUUUUUAUGACUUUAUUUUUAAAUGUGUCCUGACAUCAUAUUGCAACUUUCAAAGAGCUUUCUUGUCUUUUAUACAAUCUGGAGGACACAAUCAGUGGGCUCUAAGUCUUUUUAAGAACAGGAUUAAUAAUCUCUCUCAGUUUUGGAGUUGUUCAUUAUGAAUUUAUACACAUAUUUCUGAUUUUAAACAAAUGUUUCAAGACGUUUGAUUCAUAUUUUAGCAUAUUAAUGGUUAGAAGUAGAUCUGAAAAAGUAGUGUAAAGUGCUUUGGGGUCCUUAGAGACUGAGUAAAGCGCUAUACAAAUGCAGGCCAUUUACCAUUUAAAAAUAUCAACAAACUUGGCAGAGUUGGCUGGAAGUAAUAACAUCCAGUGUAGUAUUUGGUUUUAAAUAUGAACUCUUGCCUUCAGUGCUACCACAGCAGGAAACGUAAUGUGCUUGGUAAUGCAGUUUAAUUGAAAACCCUUAAUGUUGAGGGGUAGGAUAUGAUAAGUAACACCAACAUAUGAGGGACUUUGGCUAUGGACCCUGUAGAAGUUUCUUUUAUUCAUGGAAGUACUCAAUCAUGAGACAAAGUUUGAGUCAUAGAGUCAGAAGUCAACCAAAUUAACAGCUUAGGAUUUCUUCCAGAAUGGAACAGAAUGGAACAAUUCCCUCAUUUUAUCCAGGAACUGUAAGGAACUCUGAAGGAAUUUGUACCAAACCAAGAUCUCUAUACAAAAAAAGAAGUGGAAGAUCUAUGUUUGCUUGCAUUCAGCUUCAGUAUAGAAAGCAGCUGGGUUAGCAGAAGGUUAUCUGACUAGUGCAGUAACUGACUCUACUCUUCACUCCUAUCCCAAGCCCUCUAUAAAUCAUUAUUUCUGUUUUUUAUUACUCUAAUCAUAAACAUAAACUCUGGCUUUGGCCUAGAGGAUACAGUCCUUCAAGUCCUUCAGGUUUUUACAUUUUCCAGAUUAUAAUCAUGCCAAAGGUGCCAUGAAGAGAUCAGACAAGAGUUCCAGUUUCCCCUCCAGAAUAUUACUGAUAGUACGUUGAUCACAUGAUGACAACUAGAGUAUCUAUUGGCAAAUUCCUGCUUCUUCUUUCCCUAGAAAGUCAAAAACAUGCUACGACUACAGGUUGCUAUAUUGUACUGUGCAUUUGUUCCUUCAGUUUGUGGCAUCUUUGUUUAUUGCUAUUGUUAUACCUAGCUGUUGUCAAUCAGAGUAAAUCUUUGUAUGUCUGUACUGAGCAAAGGGAGGCACUAUACUAAAUGUCAUUUGCAGUUGACUGUAAUUGUUGGUGGUGUUACUUUCCUUCAGUCUCAGAAUCCCCCCCCCCCCCCCCCCCCCACACACACACACACACGCACACACAAUUAACCUUAAUCACUGUUCUUCUGUAACAGUAUACAGUAAUGUUCCCAUCAGUGGCUGAGGAGAAAAAUAAUUCUGAUGAUUCUGUUUUUGUUUUAUAACUUUGUGCUAAUUGAAACACAUUAGCAUUGAAGGCUAAUGGAAACCAGAUGGAAAACUAGUACUGAUAAAAAAGAUACAUAUGGAAAAGUACAAGAAAUUAUAUUCUCUCCACAAAACAAUAAUUUUAAGUUGUCCUUCAAACAAGUGAUGUAUUUUCUCUGAAUGUUCAAUUCAUGUUGUACAGUAGCGGUUAUAAAAUUGACUUAGGGAAUAUGAUGUGAGAAUAUGUAGCUAUUGAGUGCUAGGAUCACAUGUAAAUAGCAAUGUGGAUGUUUUGUGAAAUACCUGAAAACCCUUUAAUUUGUUGGUCUUGUCUUCAAAAGACAAUAUCCUACUCCACAAGAUGGGAUCAGGAUCAGUCUGUGAAAUACAUGUACAAUGUCAUGAAGCAAAGUGUAGCCAAGGAUUUGAGAGUUUUUCUAAGUGCCUGAAUAUUUCUCUUACAGUUCUUUUCUUUUUAUGUCUUCUUUUUCCAUCUCUUUGCUUGGACUUUCAGAGUUUAGGAUUAUUACUGUUUAGUGGAUUUGUGCUAGCUAGAAAAAGCAGAAUCAACCAUACGAUAUAUGAAAUAUAAUAUACCAUAUUGCAGAUCUUGCACAACAAGAGCAGUGUGUAAUAGAUUAACACACCAUGUUAGCAUUGACUUUCAUAGUUGUGGCAUGAAAUACAGAAAAUAAAAUAAAGAAGGUAUGUAAUGGUU